CUGCUUUUGUACGACUGUACGGAGGGUUGAGAUGGUGAGGCGAGCAGGUAAAUGAAGUUGGUAUCUAAUCAAUGUGUGCUGUGCCUUUGGCCUGGGCUAAUCUUUGAACCCUGGGAUGCAACAGUCACGAUGGCUCCAUCACUGGAGCUACAAACUCUAAAAAGAUAGGCUUUCUCAGAAUCCCUCAUUACCCCCACCGAAAGGGCUCCAUUACCCCCAAAGGGGGCAUGCCCCACCAUUUGCCGACCCCUGGUCUAAGCAUUAGAUGUGACUAGCUGGACGGCGGCUGCAUCUAUCUGGCAACAGGCUGUCCCGGUGAGACUCCACAACUGACAACUCUGCUCCACUUCACAUCACUGCUGCAUUACUACUAGCUUCUGCUGUGCCGCUGCCAGCCACCGGAGCGCGACAACUCCCCGCCAGUGGGCCACUGCUCAGCACCAGCGCAAUGCCGGUGCGCCUGGAGCCUAUGGAGGCGCCACCGCCGCCGCUAAAUUCCCAUCAGCCGGGGGUUGUGACCUCUCCCCUGCAUGAUGGAGCCGUGUUCAAGGGAUUCCAGAAGUCCAAAGGCAACUGCUAUGAUGUGGAGGUGGAACUGAAGAAGGUGGACCUUGAGAACGCCUACCUCUGCGGCUACCUCAAGAUCAACAACCUCACUGAUGACUUUCCCACAAUGGUCACCUACUUUGACGGCGAGAUCAUCGGCAGGCGCCACCCAUUCUUGACGAGGAAGUGGGACGCCAAUGAAGAGGUGGACACCAAACACUGGGGCAAAUUCGAGGCGUUCGCUCCGUUCAGCAAGACGUUCAACACGGACGACUUUGACUUUGGCGUGUUGGACUCUCACGAUGCGGUAUUUAUGCGGUGGAAGGAGAGUUUCCUCAUUCCCGACCAUCAGGUGAAGGACAUCAAUGGCGCCUCGUUUGCCGGUUUCUACUACAUCUGCUUCAUGAAGGCGUCCUCACAGAUCGAGGGCUACUACUAUCACGAAAAGUCGGAAAUGUACCAGUCCCUGGCGCUACAAUACGAGCCCUGCCACACCACCGAGAUUUAUGAGUUCAGAUGAGACAGCCCGUUACUUCCCAGUGGCUCCACAUGAAGGGGACAAAGACACCAUUGUGUGGUGUGGAUGAACAAAGUGCUCUGAUAUUCUAAGAGAGACAGUGAAGGUGAAAAUUGGCAGCGAAAGAGGUAAUGUUUCGGUCAGUUUAAGCCCGUCCCGGGCUGGUGCUUGGUGCCACCCGCACCAGACCUGGGGUUUGAGAUCAUACAGGUCCCUCAUGCUGAGAUAUUGCCAUGUGAUGGUGUGGUGUUGGUAUGAAGUUGUUGAAGUGUCUAGCUCAUAGCUGUAGUUAUUUUGGCUUAUUUUUCGAAAGUUAUUUCUGCUGAGUGAAAGUAGAUCAUUUCCACAGUUAAUGUACUUGAAGACAGUGUAUGUGAAGAGAGUUCAUUCUUAAUAUUGCUUUUUGUGCUUGGUUUGAGGUUGAAUAUUUAACUCUCACGUUCACACAUCUAAUUUAGUAUUGUUUAUCAGUCGUCUUUAGGCGAAAGAUAACAAUGAGACUGAAGGUUUGGAAAGUUCUAGGAUAGUCUUGGCCCCCUGGCGGCCCUUGUAAUGCGAAAUGUGAAUGCCAACUUCAAGGGACUGUUGCAUCAAAGGAUGCCGUGCUUGAUCAAUGUAAGGAUUGUUGAUAAGGACUCUGAAGGUGUCUACUUCCUCAUAUAGCCCAUAUUGUCAUCCAUUGUCUUGUUCCCUUUUGUGUUCUUGUACUUACCAUAAACCAUUCUUACAUAGUUUUUGUGGUGUAUGAUCAAUAUUUACAUGUAUCUCUAGCCGCAAACACGCUUCCAUGUGAUCCAUUUUCAGUCAGUUUUCUGGAUAAUGUGUCCUUUUACUGUGAUUUGUGGUAUAAUAAAAGUAACGUUAUCCUGUGA